ACUUUUUCCCAUCUUUUCUUACCAAGACAAAACUAAAAGAAAAACCUCGUAUUGUCCUGCCCCUUCCCUUCUAUGGCCACAAGACUUCUCUCACCAAAGCUCCUCAACGACCUCCGUUAUUUCACCAGGCCUCUUAACUCUGCCUCCUCCGCCUCCAUCACCGCUGUUUCCCCUCUGAAUUUCGACGAAAAACCCGAACCCGCCGCCGCGGCGGUUGAAAAACCACCGAUUAAUCAACCAUCCGCAACCUUUGACCUCAACGAUCACCAAAAGCUUUUUGAUUCGGUGUCCACCUUGAAGCUUUUACGUUCAUCAGCCAACCUUGCGUUGGUUUCCAUAGAGCCUUUCGUUGAUUUUGGCAUGUGGGUUAUGAAUUCCAGGCUCAUGGAAACAAGUUUAAUACGUGACGUUAUAUUGAAAACCGUAAAGCAUACCUUCUUUGAACAUUUUUGUGCCGGUGAAAAUACGAAGGAGGCAGGGGAGUGUGUGAGGAAAAUCCACGAGGCUGGUUUGAGAGGGAUGCUUGGCUAUGCUGUUGAGCAUACAAGCGAUAACGCCGGUUGCGAACGGAACUUGGAAGGCUUUCUCCGGAGUGUUGAAUUCGCCAAGUCGCUUCCACCAUCUUCUGUUAGCUUUGUCAUAGCAAAGAUUACAGCAAUAUGCCCCAUCAACCUGGUCAGAAGAGUUAGUGACUUACUGAGGUGGCAAUACAAGGACCCUUCUUUCAAUCUUCCAUGGAAACUCAACACUUUUCCAAUUUUCUCUGACUCAAGUCCAUUAUACCACACACUGCAAAGGCCUGAACCACUAACUCCACAAGAAGAGUUAGACUUUCAAUUGGCCCACCAGAGACUGCUAAAACUCUGCCAGAAGUGUGUAGAAGAUAAUGUGGCAUUAACAAUUGAUGCUGAGGACACAUCCCUGCAACCUGCCAUUGAUUACUUGACAUACUCGUCAGCUCUCAUGUACAACCGAGAUAAUAAUCCCAUUGUUUAUGGAACAAUUCAAGCAUACUUGAAAGAUGCAAAAGAGAGGCUGUUUUUGGCAGAAAAAACUGCAGAAAAACUGGGAAUUCCAAUGGGGUUCAAACUAGUAAGGGGUGCUUAUAUGACUAGUGAAAGAAAACUAGCUUCUUCCUUGGGCUAUGAUUCCCCAAUUCACAACAGCAUUCAGGAGACGCAUGCAUGCUACAAUGACUGUGCUUCUUUUAUGCUUGAGAGAAUUGCUGAUGGCCAUGGUGCAGUUGUUCUUGCGACUCAUAAUGUUGAGUCAGGGCAGCUGGCAGCAUCGAAAGCAAGAGAUUUGGGGAUUCAGAAGGGAAAUCAAAAGCUUGAAUUUGCACAGCUAUAUGGAAUGUCAGAAGCUCUUUCUUUCGGUUUGAGAAAUGCAGGGUUUCAAGUUAGCAAAUAUUUACCGUAUGGACCAGUAGAUAUGGUAAUGCCAUACCUUCUAAGGAGGGCUGAAGAGAAUAGAGGACUACUAUCCACUUCAAGCCUUGAUAGGGAACUCAUGGGGAAGGAGUUGAAGAGAAGACUAAAGAAUCUGCAAUUUUCUAAGCCAGAGAUAACAGCUCCGAGAAGCAUCAAGGUAGAAAUAGGCACACAAUGAAAGCUUUAACCUGCUGGCGAACUUAUGGCUUUCAGGGAUGGUAGAUUGGUCUUUGGUGGCAAUUCUUGCCAAGAAUGUUAAAAAAAUAUGUUGUAACCUUGGCAAGUGGCCCAUAUGAAUGAAAUUUCCAUUAGAGAAUUUGAAAAUCUUCUUGCUUCCAA